AUGGCUGUCCUACCUUUAUUCUCCCGUCUCUCCUCGCGGCGCUCAGAUUCGCUCAGUGACACAAGCCUAUCUGAACGACGGCUUUCUGAUCCUUCUAACAAGUCUCUAUAUACUUACCAUGAGCCCGGCCAGAAGGCUCCUCACCGCUGGGCUGUGAGGUUCAAAUCAAGGCUCGACCCCAGAAUUGUAGGCAAGAAGAAAGCCCGCAGAAAUCGUGUUGUUGUUGUCGUCGCGCUUAUAGUCGCACUGGGCGGUAUUGCUGUACUGGUGUGGUUCUCACUUGUCCUCACAUUGAUCGAUCGACUCACACCUACUGUCCCAUCGAACGGACUACAGAGAAUCCUCAAGACAUGGAAAAGCCCGGCAGACUCAGUCGCCGCACUCUCUCCUUGGCCGGAAGACUUCAGUCAAGGCAUACCACCGGUCCAAUGCCACUCUCACAAUGACUAUUGGCGUUCAGUUCCGCUAUACGAGGCCAUGGCAGCAGGCUGCACGGGCGUCGAAGCAGACAUUUGGCUUGAGGGCAGCGAUCUGCUCGUCGGCCAUCGGAAGCGCUCUCUAUCCCCUGAUCGUACAUUGAAGACUCUCUACAUCGACCCCUUGACAACAAUCCUCUCGAACGUUAAUGCCAACUCAUCCGCCAACAGCUCAGUUGGCAUAUUCGACGUCGACCACACAACAAGUCUUACUCUCCUGAUCGACAUCAAAACGGACGGAAAUGCCACUUGGCCGGUUCUCCUUAAUCACUUAGCUCCUCUACGCUCUGGGGGAUGGCUAUCCCACUGGAAUGGGACGAGCAAAACUCUUGUCCAUGGUCCUGUCACCGUCGUGGGAACCGGAAAUACGGUGUUUGAUUUGGUGGUCGCAGAGGAAGAUCGCUAUGUCUUCUUCGACGCCCCGCUAAACGACCUUGCUCAGAACUCCACCUACACAUCGGAAAACAGCUACUACACCAGCGUUUCGCUGAAAAAGGCCGUCGGCGUUGUAUGGCCCUGGGGCCCAACAGACAACCAGAAACAGAUCAUGCAGAAGAUGAUCAGCGCUGCCUCGGAAAGAGGUUUACUCUCGCGGUUCUGGAGUAUCCCCUCCUGGCCAGUCAGCCUGCGAAUGAGGCUAUGGCGAUUUCUGGUUGAUAGGGGUGUUGGCAUGUUGAAUGUAGAUGAUGUGGUUGAGGCGACGAGGUGGAACUGGGACUGGUGUAUUGUGGCGGGGUUGGUGUUGUGUUGA